GUGGCGGUAAGCGUUGCUAUAUAUUUCAGAGGUGCAAAUGACAUUAUAUAAACAYAUGAAGUUGUGUUUUGUUGGUUGGAGGAGGAAACGCUGGCGUUUUAUAAUUUCCUCCGGUCCAAAUGUCACAGAAGGACGACUCUGAAAGUGACAUUUGGGAAUAUAAGCCUCUUGAGAAGAAAACAAAAAAGGAACCGCAGUCUGUGACCAAAAGAAGGUGCGCUAUUAGAAAAACCUCCAAGAAAGACACUUCUCUGUCUGUCAAGGCAUUCCAAAMGAGUGAACAGGCCAAACCAGCUGAAAGUGGAGAUUGUUCAAAUAGCAAGUCAGAGGCUAACAACGCGUCAUCUAAAGAGGCAAUCCAAAAUGCAGCUGAGAGAUCAUCAUUAUCUGAAGACUAUUGUCCCAUCUGUCAGAUGCCAUUCUUUAUUUUGGUUGUACAGUCCCAGAGAUGGCAUGUUGCUGAAUGUCUCGACGUCUCCAGRGACCAAUGUAAAGAAUGUCCAGAUGGUCUUCAGUGUUCCUCCACGAUUCCAAACCAUUACAAGAAGUUCAACCACACUCUCCUCGCACACAGUCGAGCAAACAGUAACACAGAUGUCCUCAGUCUGCCUCAGCAAGCAGAAACAAGCUUCAGUUCACUGCCAGGACUACCAGACAAUGUGGACAGGUGUACAUUAGAAGCUUCUCAAGGCAGAGCUCUCAGCCUUUCUUCUUUGUCCAAUCAGAGCGUCUCUCCUGGAAAGGAGGACGCUGGAAUACCUUCGUUAAAACUAACUAAUAGCCUUUUGUUGCUGCGCUCUCCUGCCCCUGAUGAUUUGAGGAAAAGGAAAGGCUGGUUGGUGUCUAACAAAGGCCAGAAGUCAGCCGCAGCCUCACAAAKUAAAGCAGACAUUUCAUCCACUCCUGUCAAGGAAACAACUAGAAGUCAAGCUUGUGAACGUACAAAUGAAACCUUUCCUGAAAAUGAUGUCAACAUAUCCUACUCUCCACUGUCUGAGCUCCCCGCAGAGACUGAAGCCAGUAGCCAGUGCAGAAAAGCUCUUUUUAAUAAUGACAAGUCUGAUGAUGAAGACUCGGUGAUGCUGUUUAAUGACAGCUCGAGUGAAGAUGAGAUUCUUGAUGAGUUUUUAGAUAAYUUGGAAGAUGAUGACAUGACAUUGAAGGAUCCAUCCUCCUCCAGUGCUCAGYUGGGUUCAGUUUCUUCAUUAACACCGGCUAAUCAAGUCUCCACAGUCCCCACAGGCCGAGCYGAACCAGAAGCUCGUUGUGGAUCUACCUUCCAGUCACCACAGAGACUUGUUUUGGAGCAUCUCAGRGAAACUCUCCUUAGUUCACAAGAUCAGUGUAGCCAAAACUCAAACGACACAAUUCAAUCAGAGAAACUUGGUGCAGCUCCUCAGGUGCCUUCAUCACAAAGAUCCUCUGAGAGAAGAUCUCAAAACUUGCCGCCUCAUAAAGGCCACAGCAAGGCAGGCCUGGCGUCUGGUUUGAGGCAGACCGACAUUGGGGUGUUUUUUGGCUUCAAACCGCUCAAAGAGGAGAAGAACGAGACAAAAAGUGGACCAAACAAGCUCAACGUGCCCCCUAGUAGGAAGUCAGGGCAGAAAAGUCAAAGGGGAAGGAGGCAGGGGGAAAGCCCCACUGCAGAUUCGUCCCCUUCCACAGAAACUGGAACUGACUUGAGUUUAAUGAGCGGUCAAGGAAACUCAGGGAGAGGAGGGAGGAGAGGAUGGAGAAGAGGGUGGACCRGAAGGAAUCUCGAUGGAGAAGUUCAGUUGCGCCGUUGUCCGUUUUAUAAAAAAAUUCCAGGUACAAAGUUUGCUAUAGAUGCAUUUUGUUAUGGAGAGGUGGAGGGCAUCACUGCCUACUUCCUAACACAUUUCCACUCGGACCAUUACGGAGGGUUGACCAAGAGCUCCACAUUUCCAAUCUACUGUAACAAAAUUACAGGAAACCUGUUGAGGAGCAAAUUGAGGGUGUCAGAGCAGUAUGUCCAUAUCCUUCCCAUGAACACUGAGGUCACUGUGGAAGGAGUCAGAGUCAUCCUGCUGGAAGCCAACCAUUGUCCAGGAGCAGCCAUGCUGCUGUUCUUCCUGCCCGAUGGCCAAACAGUCCUGCACACGGGCGACUUCAGAGCCGACCCGUCCAUGGAGGCCUACCCUGAGCUGCUCAGCUGCAGGGUGCAGACGCUCUACUUGGACACCACCUACUGCAGCCCCGAGUACACCUUUCCCACGCAGCAAAAGGUCAUCAAUUUUGCCACCAGUACCGCUUUUGAGCUAGUGACCUUGAACCCCCGUACGCUGGUGGUGUGUGGAUCUUACUCAGUGGGGAAAGAAAAGGUCUUUCUGGCUCUGGCGGAGGUCUUGGGGUCUAAGGUUUGCCUCUCCAAAGACAAAUACAGCACCAUGUGCUGCCUGGAGUCGGAGCAAAUCAGGAAACAGAUAACCACUGACUGGAAGGCAGCCCGGGUCCAUGUGCUGCCCAUGAUGCAACUCUCCUUCAAGAAGCUGCAGGAUCAUCUGGCACGCUUUUCAUCACAAUAUGACCAACUGGUAGCCUUCAAACCCACAGGCUGGACCUUCAGCGAGCAGGCGGCGUCGGUGGGAGACAUCCAACCAGAGAUCAGCGGCAACAUCUCUGUUUAUGGAAUCCCGUACAGUGAGCACAGCAGCUUCCUGGAACUGAAGCGAUUCGUUCAGUGGCUCCGGCCCCUCAAGAUCAUUCCCACGGUCAACGUCGGCUGCUGGUCGAGCAGAAAGGCCAUGGAGAAAUGUUUCGGCGAGUGGCUAACGGAAACCAAACUGUAAAGACGUGCUGCUGAGCACACGAGUUCAUCUCCAGAUUUCCAGAGUUCAUAACUUGCUCUUAAACCAGUUUAUGUUUUUUUAAUUAAAAUUUUUUUAAUGAAGCUAUGAGACUUUCUGCACGCUGCUGAACUAACUGGUUGUGUGGCCCGCUGUGGCCACCUCCUGCUCCAUUUUGCCUUCAUCAUCGUCCCGCUUUUAAACUCCGCGACUGUUCCGUCAAUGUUUUUAUGUGAAAUUUUAAUAAAAAUGUUCAAUUGCUA